AUGGCCUCGCUUCAACCAAGAGGACCUGACUCUUCAGUCGGAAAGCAAAAAGCAAUUGAAGAUGCAAAGAAAAUGCAAAAGGUCGUCGCCGAGCAGUGCUUAAAGGUCGGAAAGGACCCUCCCCAGUAUCGUCUUUCAGAGCUCAUCGGCAAGGGCAGCUUCGGCCGUGUAUACAAAGCCACUUCUCUAACAACGAAUCAACUUGUUGCUGUCAAGAUCAUCGACAUUGAGGAGAGCGAUACUGUCAACCCCAAGCUUGCCGAUACAUACAGCGAUUUACUCAAAGAGAUCAACGCCUUGCAACUUCUCAGUGACAGUGGUGCCAAGAACAUCAACCAUGUCAUCGACGCUCUUCCUGUUGGACAGUCUAUGUGGAUGAUCACUGAGUAUUGCGCCGGAGGUAGUGUGGCUACUCUUAUGAAACCGACUUCACCAGGUGGUCUCCAGGAGAAAUGGAUUAUUCCCAUCUUGCGUGAGGUGGCGGAGGCUAUCUAUUGGGUUCAUGGCCAAGGCAUCAUUCACAGAGAUAUCAAAUGUGCGAAUAUCUUGGUUACCGAGGAGGGAAACGUGCAGCUUUGCGAUUUUGGAGUUGCCGGUGUCAUCGAAACCAAGUUCGAUAAGCGUUCGACGGUUAUUGGUACACCUCAUUGGAUGGCUCCCGAACUUUUUGACAAUUCCACUUCAUACGGUACCGAGGUAGAUAUCUGGGCUUUUGGCGCCAUGGUCUUCGAGAUUGCAUCGGGUCUACCGCCAAGUGUAGCGGCAGGAAUGAUGGAUUUCAACAGACUUGGUUCUUACCUCAAACAGCACCUCCCUCGUCUCGAGGGUGACCGAUACUCUCAAGGGCUGAAAGACCUCGUGGCGUAUUGUUUGGUAGAUGAUCCCAAACAACGCCCCACCAUUGAACAGAUUCAGCGACACCGGUACAUAUAUAACACCCAAGAUGCCUAUCCCACCUCAGGCCUAGCACACUUGGUUAGGGGCUACAAGUUGUGGGAGGCCCAAGGUGGUGUUCGCAAAUCUCUCUUCUCUGCAGGAGGAGCUCAAGGGCCUUCUGAUCUCGGCUUUCAGGCCUUGGACAAUGAUGAGUGGAACUUCAGUACCACUGCCGCAUUUGACCAGCAAGUCCUUCAAACUGGUGACGCCCAAGCCGUGUUCGACGUUUAUGGUUCCAAUGUCGACUUUAAACAAGAUGGCUUCGACGAUGCUUCGCGUACACAAAAACCGAAGUCACGUCGACGCCCACCACCUCAUCUGCCUUCCGUCAAGGCACCUUUGGAAAAGCUAUUUGACCCAAAUACGAUAUCGAACUAUGAAGACAACUCUCGAGCAUACUAUGGUCGCCCGUUUCCUCCGCCUACUGCCGACUUUCAACCUUCCCAGCCUCCCCCGGCGUCAGACUUACCCUUGCGAGACGAUUCGUCACAGUCUCCUGGUGUAAGGGAAUCCCUUAUCGAUCUCGACAUGUCCCUAGAUGGUAGCAACCUCUCCGAAUUCGUCGAUUUGAACACCAUAAGAGCAGGAGAUCCAAGAGCAUCUACCGAUUACGACUUUGGCGAUGUGUCCUACAAUAAGGCACCCCUUAGCGACCCCGCUGACAUGAGCAAUAAUCGCCGAACACGGGAUUGGAAGUUCCCCUCGAUGGCUCCCCCGGCGUCAGCGAAUCCUGAGAUGUUCAGAUUUCCUUUCAACGAUGACCAAGGACCGAGCACCAGCCGUCUUAUCCACCCUCCCACGGAACCGCUUCAGCCUUCGGCCCAGUUUAACGAUCUGGCUGUCCCUUCACCAGGAAACAAUCGGGUGUCAACAGGCAGUCUCAUUGACUUGGACAUGAGUUUGGCGGACCCUAUCCCUAUGGGUGACUAUACCAGGCCAUCAACCUCACACUCAGAUGUGGGAUCUCUGGCCGGCUCGGAAAUAGGAGCGGCGGACCCUUUCCAACUGGAAAAGCACGCUUCUCUUUAUGUUAUGCCCAAUAGCAUACGAGAACCUUCCAUUUACGUAUCAGACGACUCCGAAUAUGCGACGGCUGUUGCGGACCUCUCUCUUAACGACUCGCAAAUGAACUACCAGCAGACUCAGGUCCCGCUAUACCAACAGCCCCCGGCGCAAUCACAGUCUCCCUCUACCAACGGGAUUUCUCUGACUGAGAGACCGUAUUCUCUUAGCGAGUUCGCUGACACAGAUCCUGAGUCGUUCACUUCUCAUACACUCGCUGCUCCCGAACUUGCGCUUCAACCUCCUCCACUUCAGCCUCAGUCGGAUCGAUCCCAGGCUCGGGACGACUAUCCGCGUUCUUAUCAACCGCCCUCUUUUCUUCCACCGGCACCUACUGCGCCUUCUCCAAUGGUCCUGGAAGGACAGGGUUCGUCGGAAGACGUUAAGGAAGAACUUCGACGUCUGGCUAUGAGUUUGAGUGAUCAUCUCAGCCAUGCAAAUGCAUGCUUGUCAGGUCUGCCGCUCCGGAGAGCGAGCACCACAAGAUUGGAAUCGGUAGAAGCUCCGUGA